AUGGAGUUUUCAUAUCUAUACAUCUCCAUCAUAUUUCUUCUAUCUUCAUUUCUCCUAACAUCCCAAUUCCUUCACAAAUUCUCAAAUCUGCCACCGUCCAUUUUCCCAUGCCUACCAAUUAUCGGUCACCUUUACCUUCUAAAACCACCACUCUACAAAACCUUAGCCAAAAUCUCAUCCAAAAACGGACCCAUUCUUCACCUCAAAUUCGGAUCACGUCGUGUCCUUUUAAUCUCGUCCCCUUCAGCAUCCGAAGAAUGCUUUACAAAAAACGACAUUAUUUUUGCCAACCGCCCUCACACGCUCUUUGGCAAAAUCAUUGGCAAUAAUUACACCAGUCUGGCGUCGUCGUCUUAUGGAGAUAAUUGGCGCAACCUAAGACGCAUAGCGUCUAUUGAGAUCCUAUCUAUUCAUCGAAUAAACGAGUUUCAUGACAUACGUGUGGAAGAAGGCAAAUUUAUGAUACGUAAAUUACUAAUGAAUUUUAAUUAUUCUUCACCCGUGAAUAUGAAGUCUGUAUUUUAUGAACUGACAUUGAAUAUGAUGAUGAGGAUGAUAUCGGGAAAGCGUUAUUUUGGUAACGAAAUUUAUCAGGUGGAUGAAGAAGGUAAACGGUUUAGGGAAAUUAUGAACGAAAUGUUUUUGCUUGCUGGUGCCGCUAAUGUUGGCGAUUAUUUGCCUUUUUUGAGUAGGUUUGGAGUGAAUAGUUUGCAAAAGAAGUUACUUGCGUUGCAAGAAAAGAGAAAUGUAUUUUUUCAAGAUUUAAUUGAUCAACUUAGGAAAUCGAAAUUAGGAGGAGAAGUGGCUAGCAAGAAAAAGAAGAAGAAGACGAUGAUUGAAGUGUUGUUAGAGCUACAAGAAUCAGAUCCAGAGUAUUAUAAUGAUGCAAUGAUCGGGAGCUUUGUCAUGGGACUAUUAUCAGCUGGUACUGAUUCUACGGCUGGAACCAUGGAAUGGGCAUUGUCACUGUUGCUGAAUAACCCGCAAGUUCUUAAAAAAGCACAAAACGAGAUUGAUAGACAAGUUGGAAAGGAUCGACUUGUGGACGAGUCAGACAUAAUUAGCCUGCCGUACUUACGUUGUAUCAUAAACGAGACAUUACGAAUGUACCCUGGAGGCCCUUUACUACUUCCUCACGAGUCAUCAGAUGCUUGUGUUAUUGGAGGUUAUAAGAUACCAAGCGGGACCAUGUUAUUUGUUAACCAAUGGGCCAUACAACAUGACCCCAAGUUAUGGACCGACCCUGAAAAUUUCAAUCCGGAAAGGUUUGAAGGGUUAGAUGGCACAAGAGAUGGGUUCAAGCAUAUGCCAUUCGGGUCUGGAAGGAGGAGUUGUCCAGGAGAAGGGUUGGCUGUGCGCGUGGUUGGUUUGUCUUUGGGGUUGUUAAUCCAAUGCUUUGAUUGGGAAAGGUUAAGUGAAGAGAUGGUGGACAUGACCGAAGGUCCUGGGGUUACCAUGCCCAAGGCCGAACCCUUGGUAGCCAAGUGCAAACAGCGACUAGAAGUGCAAAAUUUGUUGUCGAAACUGUGAAUAUGUUAUUUGAAAGUUUUGGAAUGACAAGUAUUUGUAUGAUGAUACACACUUACAUAAAUAAACGCUACUGAU